AUGCGUCGUUGCACGGCCACCGCACGCCGGAAUGGAACACAAAGCUGUCUUUUUCGGUGUGAAGCUCUGGCUUGGAGUGGUAUUUGCACAUUGAAUUACCUUGUUGAUCAACAUGAUUUCAUUACCAAUUGGGAUGACAUCGAACAAAUCUGGUAUCACACUUGCCAUAACGAGUUUCAUGUCGAUCCCCAAAAACAUCCCGUGCUCCUCACCGAAGCACCGCACAAUUCCAAGUCCAAAAGGCAGAAAAUGGCCGAGAUAAUGUUCGAAAAUUUUAAGAUUCCGGCCAUGUAUAUUCCCAUUCCGGCGGUGAUAUCGCUUCAUGCUGCCAAGCGUACUACAGUGACUCCACCAUACUUGCCCCCGGCGUGGGUGAUGGAAUCAUUAAGGAACUUUCAGCUCUUAUGCCGAGUGAUAUUGAGAUUAAGGUUGUCCCACCACCGGAAAAACAUUAUCGGUGCAUCAGUUUUGGCUUCUCAUAAAACAUUACCUCAGAUGUGCAUAUCCAAGGCAGAAUACGAUGAAUCAGCUUCGAUCGUUGUUAAAAAUUGA